AUGACUACCCCACACAUUCUCCGUGAUCGCACCCUGGCUUGCCAAAGCCUCUUCUCCAGAUGCGUCUCUAUCUCUUUCACCAAUACCUCUCGGCUUGACCUUUUCGAGUCUUGGCAGGGGCAGUUUAAUCUUUGGGCUGCAGGACUCAGAGCCACGCAGUAUAACAAGUCUUCUUUGGACUACCGUGUGCGACAACGUGCUGAUAUUCGGGAGCUGAUGGGUGAUUUAUUGAGUGGGCUGACCGAGGCCUUGGAAAGUUGCCUCCAUACCGAUGUGCACGCCAUGCCUGGCUCCUUGACGACUACCGAGGCAGUCUCGCUUGUCGAAGCAAAUGACACUACAGCAACUUUCUCGGGAUUUUCAGGACUCUCAAGCGAUGAGAGCACAUCAGAAUCAGGAGGCUUUGACCAAAAAGAUCCAUGUGUUGAACAUUUCUUUCACAUUAGAACCAUUCUCGACCAGCUUAGCAGAGCCUCAACAGCCAUCCGGCGCUCCGGGAUCAAGUAUCGUCAUGAGAAGGCGGACAAAUCUUUAAACGAGAACGAUUUCACAGACUUCAAAGCAUAUUUGACAAUUACAACACUCACUGCGACUGUUCAGCCCAGGGCAAAUGAACAAGCGGUUGAUAUCACUCUCGUUGGCCAAGUGACAGACCAAAACCGGCUUAAUCUGGUUCAGCGGCGAUUGAUACAUGCAAAUAUCGUCAGGAGGAACAGAAUAAUAUUUGCCACUCGCGACAUCAAACGAGCAAAUCAUCCCACUGAGUACGACAUGCACCCACGAGUCGAUAUCCCGCAGAUGAUAGAAAAUUGGCCAACCAAUGAUCCCGUACCAGAAAGCGCUGUGGCACCUGCCGUUCCAAUCUCAAGACCUACCGUCUUGCUACCAAAAGGAAUAUCAGUCCUUGACGCGACAUCAACUGUCCAGAGUGCUACAGAGGUCGGCUCUGGACUUCACCUGCAGGCUCUUAUAGAGCCACCAAAAAGUACGAGUCCGUCAGUGAUGACGAAGAUCACGGAGACGGGCGCGACUCGGGACUACCCCAGCUGUCCGAAACCAACAAUAGGAAAGCAGCUUCAGUGUCCCUUUUGUGCCGAUAUAUUGUCGAUGGACUAUUCAACGAACAAAUCCAGAUGGAGAGGCCAUGUUGCCCAGGAUAUUAUUCCCUACAGUUGCAUCUUCGAAGAAUGCAGCGCUCCAGAUGAGCUUUACCUUACAUCCGAUGAUCUGAACAAGCACAUGCUCAAGGAACAUGGCACCGUCAGAUGGGUAUGUGACUUUUGCUCUUCUAAGUCUUCAGACAUAUUCACUUUCGCCACGCUCGAUGACUGGGAGUAUCACAUGCGACAACAACACCCAACGACCUUUGAACACCCCCAACUCCCAUCACUGGGUAAAGUCAGCCAGCGAACAGUGAUCGACCUUAGUCACUGCCCACUAUGUUCAUACAAGACGGACACUAUCACCCAGGAGGUCGACGAACAUAUCUUGAAACAUCUCCACGACUUUGCGUUGAGGUGUCUUCCAUGGAACUCGGAUGCUGCGUUAUAUGACUCUGCUAGAAUGACUACAGACGACCAAUUCAGUUCAGGAUCUGCUAUAUCCGACAGCGACAGCGUGACAGGCGACUUGGAUUUCGGGUUUGGAAACAGUCAAGACGUCUCCUUCCACCUGGACGCUCUGCAAGAUUCAUGUCGCCUUUACUUGGAGAGCAGCUUGAGCGACGCCAAGGAGGCCCUUGUUAAUCGCAUUCUGUCUGGCAUCAGUAGCUUCCCACGAAACGUUGAAUGCGAGGAUACUAGCGCUUUCCCGGAUGUGAAGACUGAUGAGCUGAGAAGCCAGCUUCUUCAUGAAUUACACAAUGAGAUCGAUUCGGUGGUGGAGCUUGUGGAGAAUUUGCAAGCCGCUUCAGCGAACAAUGCAAUAAAUCCUCCCUUGACCACAGCUUUACUUAGCGAGCUGGAAGACGCAAUCACCAUCGCUCGAAACGUUGUGAAAGCGACACCAGAAGAUCAUCCAGCCAGAACUGAGCGGUUAAAGAAUCUUGCAAACCGGCUGGGCGACAGAUACUCGAGCACUGGGGCUAUUUCAGACCUUGAAGAGGCGAUGAACAUCGAUUGGGAAGCUGUAAAAGCCAAGAUAAAUGAUUAUACAGAUCAAGCUGGAGUUUCCAAAGAACUGGAAAACCGACUUGGCAACAAAUACCCGCGCAUUGGAGCUACAAUGGACCUCAAAGAUGUGGAAGAGGCAGUUUCCCUCGCUCGAGAAGCUAUGAGAAGUGUACCGAAAGACAGUCCACUUCAAGCUGUAUAUCUAAACAUUCUUGGAGCUCAACUUCUCAACAGAUACUCGCGUACUCGAGCUGUGGGAGACUUGGAGGAGGCCGACAUUUAUUUCAAGAAGGCCUUGCACAGUGAAGAAGCUACAGUCAGUGAACGUCUCCGAGGUGGCCGCAGCUUCUUGUUGUCACCAAAUAUUCUCCACGAUGAACAUGGUGCGUAUAUUGCUGCCAAGACUGCGGUUAGUCUAAUCCCAAUGCUGUCUUCCUUCCCUCGACGAUCUGCCGACGAGCAGGAUCAGCUUGGAAGCGUCAUUGGACUCGCCUCUGAUGCCGCAGCCAUCGCUCUCCACACUGGCCACGGCCCCUUCGCCGCACUUGAACUACUAGAGACUUGCCACAGCAUUUUCGCUAGGUCACUGCAAGAUAUUCGUACCGAUCUUGCUGCCCUUCAACAGGAGUAUCCGGGCUUAGCACGUGACUUUGUUUCUCUUCGAAUCCAGCUCGAUGACCCUGAUCGAUGUCGUCAGGCUAGUACCCAAAUGGAACACCUCCUAGAUGAUGUUCGAAGACAUCCUGGAUUUGAGCGGUUUCUUACAUCGGCUACGGAGGAGGAAAUGCGGGAGGCAGCUGCUUACGGCCCUAUCAUCGUUAUCAAUGUCAGCUCGCAUCGCUGCGAUGCAUUAGUCGUCGAGCGUUCCAGUGUCCGCGUCAUCUUCCUCCAACAACUCACUCAAAAGGGAGUGCUAGAACAUUCUAGCAGGCUGAGAUCUCUCGAGACAUUAUCCUGGUUGUGGGAUGUCGCUGUAGGGCCUAUACUGGACGUGCUAGGCUUUACUGGACCUCCAGCCGAUGAUAUUUGGCCCCAUGUUUGGUGGAUUGCGACCGGAAAGAUAAGUCAAUUUCCACUCCACGCAGCUGGGCAUCACGCCAAGCGCAGUGCAGAAACAGCACUAGACAGGGUCGUCUCAUCAUACAGCUCCUCCAUUCAGUCGAUAUUGCACACUCGCAGACGGCAAUAUCCAGAUGUAAAGAGUGCUUCAGACUCGAGCGUCGUUCUUAUUGAUUUGCAGAUGAUUUCAGCCCAGAGCACGCAAAUUGGGGUAACAGAGGAGAUGGUUGAAGUAAGAAAAGCCUGUGAGUCCAUCGGAAUGCCAUGCCAGCAGCCUUUAGGAUGCAAGAAGGAUGUUCUAGCCACAUACGAAAAGUGUAGGAUCCUCCACAUUGCCGGCCAUGCAAAGGCUCAUCCUGACCCCUUGCAAAGUCUUCUUUUGUUGCCAGACUGGGUAGAUGAUCCUCUGACGGUGGAAAAUCUUCUUGAGACAACCCUUUCCAUCAGUGACCCGUUCCUUUUAUACUCCUCUCCCUACAGCACAACAUAUUCGACUGAUGAGAUCCUCCAUUUGAUGAACGCGUUCCAGUCAGCUGGGUUCAGGCACGUCAUUGGCAGGCAUUGGGGAUUUAAAGAUGAAUCUUGUAUAGAGGUGGCUAAGUUGAUGUAUGGGUUUCUGGGUGCGAACGGAGUGAGAGAUGAAUCUGUGGGCAGAGGACUUCACUUCGCCAUCAAGAGGCUUCGAGACAGGUGGGCGGAGCGGCAGCCAGGAACUGGAACUACGGAAAAGUCGCAACUGAAUUCACAGCAGGAUUGGCCAACCUGGGUGGCCUAUGUUCAUUUUGGUGUGUGA